AUGGUUUUCGUGUCCACGUCGUUCAGAGCAGCAGUGGCAGCAGCAGCAUCCGUAGCGUCUGUGGCGUCUGCCGCAUCGGUGUCGUUUGUUGUAGCAGCUGGGUCUGCCGUGUCGGCCACGGCCGAAUCGACGGCAGCCGGUGCCUUUGUAGUAGCCGUCGCAGGAGUCGCAGGAGUCGCCGUCGUUGGCUUGGUCGUAGCAGCUCCAGCUGCAGGUGUAGUUCCUGUUCCUGUUGCGGCAGUGGUUCCGGUGUUUGUUCCCGUUCCAGUUGUGGCCGCAGGAUUUGCAGCAGCUGGAGUCGUGGCAGCGGCAGCCGGGGUAGUUGCAGCGGCAGCUGGAGUGGUUGGCGUAGUCGCUGCCGCAGCCGCUGCUGGAGUUGUGUCAGCCGCCUGA